AUACAAGGGAAGUUCUCGCCGCCGAAGACUGGCCGACACGAAAAACUUCAGCAAAAUCAAUGAAUCAACUGUCCACCGCCGAAGACUGGCCGACACGAACAGUUGUUAGCUACCAAGUAACUCGUAACUCCACCGCCGAAGACUAG